AUGUGGUUCGACAACCAGAUCCACGACGCCGACACCACGGAGGACCAGAGCGGGUCCGGCUUCGACAGGACCUCUGCCACUUGGUCUGCGCUGUCCCGUGUGGCCGGACUCUGCAACCGCGCUGUCUUCAAAGCAGAUCAGGAGAAGGUCCCCAUCCUCAUGCGCGACACGGCCGGAGACGCUUCAGAGUCCGCUCUGCUCAAGUGCAUCGAGGUCUGCUGCGGGAACGUCAACCAGAUGAGAGAGCGCAACAACAAGGUGGCCGAGAUCCCAUUCAACUCCACCAACAAGUACCAGGUGAGGACCCACCAGCAAGUACCAGAGGUCCCUCUGUCCUGGCCUCCUGCACCAGAGAGGUCCCUCUGUCCUGGUCUCCUGCACCAGAGAGGUCCCUCUGUCCUGCUCUCCUGCACCAGAGAGGUCCCUCUGUCCUGGUCUCCUGCACCAGAGAGGUCCCUCUGUCCUGCUCUCCUGCACCAGAGAGGUCCCUCUGUCCUGGUCUCCUGCACCAGAGAGGUCCCUCUGUCCUGGUCUCCUGCACCAGAGAGGUCCCUCUGUCCUGGUCUCCUGCACCAGAGAGGUCCCUCUGUCCUGGUCUCCUGCACCAGAGAGGUCCCUCUGUCCUGCUCUCCUGCACCAGAGAGGUCCCUCUGUCCUGGUCUCCUGCACCAGAGAGGUCCCUCUGUCCUGGUCUCCUGCACCAGAGAGGUCCCUCUGUCCUGGUCUCCUGCACCAGAGAGGUCCCUCUGUCCUGGUCUCCUGCACCAGAGAGGUCCCUCUGUCCUGGUCUCCUGCACCAGAGAGGUCCCUCUGUCCUGGUCUCCUGCACCAGAGAGGUCCCUCUGUCCUGGUCUCCUGCACCAGAGAGGUCCCUCUGUCCUGGUCUCCUGCACCAGAGAGGUCCCUCUGUCCUGGUCUCCUGCACCAGAGAGGUCCCUCUGUCCUGGUCUCCUGCACCAGAGAGGUCCCUCUGUCCUGGUCUCCUGCACCAGAGAGGUCCCUCUGUCCUGGCCUCCUGCACCAGAGAGGUCCCUCUGUCCUGGUCUCCUGCACCAGAGAGGUCCCUCUGUCCUGGUCUCCUGCACCAGAGAGGUCCCUCUGUCCUGGUCUCCUGCACCAGAGAGGUCCCUCUGUCCUGCUCUCCUGCACCAGAGAGGUCCCUCUGUCCUGGUCUCCUGCACCAGAGAGGUCCCUCUGUCCUGCUCUCCUGCACCAGAGAGGUCCCUCUGUCCUGGUCUCCUGCACCAGAGAGGUCCCUCUGUCCUGGUCUCCUGCACCAGAGAGGUCCCUCUGUCCUGGUCUCCUGCACCAGAGAGGUCCCUCUGUCCUGGUCUCCUGCACCAGAGAGGUCCCUCUGUCCUGGCCUCCUGCACCAGAGAGGUCCAUCUGUCCUGGUCUCCUGCACCAGAGAGGUCCCUCUGUCCUGGUCUCCUGCACCAGAGAGGUCCCUCUGUCCUGGCCUCCUGCACCAGAGAGGUCCCUCUGUCCUGGUCUCCUGCACCAGAGAGGUCCCUCUGUCCUGCUCUCCUGCACCAGAGAGGUCCCUCUGUCCUGGUCUCCUGCACCAGAGAGGUCCAUCUGUCCUGGUCUCCUGCACCAGAGAGGUCCCUCUGUCCUGGUCUCCUGCACCAGAGAGGUCCCUCUGUCCUGGCCUCCUGCACCAGAGAGGUCCCUCUGUCCUGGUCUCCUGCACCAGAGCCAGAAGGUCCCUCUGUCCUGCUCUCCUGCACCAGAGAGGUCCCUCUGUCCUGCUCUCCUGCACCAGAGAGGUCCCUCUGUCCUGCUCUCCUGCACCAGAGAGGUCCCUCUGUCCUGCUCUCCUGCACCAGAGAGGUCCCUCUGUCCUGGCCUCCUGCACCAGAGAGGUCCCUCUGUCCUGGUUCCUGUUUGUUGUGGUUUGUUCAGAGGUGUCUGUGA